GAAUCCUUAUCAAAGUCUCCCAUUGGCGCAUCGCCGAUCAGUCGCGUAUUUUUUCUCCAGAUUGAUAGACUUCGCCUCCGAGUGUUGGUCAAUUCAGCAUUUACUAGCGUUUUUUUCCUUUUUCGUCUAUUCGUUAUUCACUUGCUUAUAAUUUGAUACCCAUGACUCCGGGGCUCAGGUCCCAUCCAUUUAUUCUAUUUUCGCCCAAUUUUCGACAUCUUUAUUCGAGCCGGAUGCUCCAGCGCGGGGUGUUUAAGCAUAUAGCAACGCUAACAUCUUAUACGCGCUUAACUCUGCCGACAAAAUCAUUCUUCUCCCAAAAUCAGAGCGCCAGAAUCUCUUGCGACGGACCGAUGAAUCCCCCGAAUUCAGGCCGGGGGAGGGCGUUGAGAUCACAUACUCGACCGGGUGGUGGACAGGAUAAUGGCCAUGGUAGUGGGAUUUGCGAUGCUGGGCGUGGUAGGGGUUCCUCGAGAGGAUAUCGCCCUCGUAGGGGAAGAGGGGGAGGAGGGUCUCAGAACUCAAGGAGAAAUGGAGGCGCUACAAAUGCGGAGGGAAGUGCUGGACCUGCGUCUGAUAAAUGGCGUAGUCAAAGUCAGCCGCAUAAUGACGCGAACCAAGGUUGGGGGCCGACACAGGCAAACGGGAGUGAGGCUACAACUCCAGGCGCAUUUACAGGGUCGCCUGUGAAUGAACAAUCCAUGCUGCCGUUCAUACAGUUUCCUUUAUUACCGGGGAUAGAGCAGUGGAAUCCCAUGAACAUGCACUUCCUACCACCACAAUUCCUGAUGAACCCUAACGUCCCGAACCCGAUGAUGAUGCCGCCAAUGUUUAAUCCUACGAUGCCGAUGUUCAAUCCUUUCAAUCCUAUGAAUCAGGUACCUGCGUCUGGAGGGUUUCCGGACAUUAUGCCUGCAAAAAGACAGAAGUCACCCACUCCUGCACCACCGGAGGCAGCGGAAAUUUACCUACAGCAAGCAUCCUUGCCACCAACACCGCUAUCGUCAAACCCUCAACCCCUUCUCAUCAUCCUCGACCUUAACGGAACCCUCAUCUACCGCAAACACCGCAAGUUCCCGCCCUCGUUCGUCAAACGUGCAGGUCUGGAUAAUUUCCUCGACAUGCUCAUGCGGAAACAUAAAGUCAUGAUCUGGUCCAGCUCACAGCCCCAAACGGUCAAAGCAGUCUGCGAGAAACUCCUCACCGACGGACAGCGCAAGCGACUCGUCGCGGAAUGGGGACGUGAUAAAUUUAACCUCUCCAAAUCGCAAUAUAAAAACAAGGUGCAGGUGUACAAGACUCUCGAGACGGUCUGGGCAGAUGAUUAUAUCCAAUCUACUUACCCGGGCAAAGCGGACAAAGCAGGCAAACGGUGGGACCAGAGCAACACGAUCCUCAUCGACGACAGUAAGCUCAAAGCACUUAGCGAACCGUUCAAUAUCCUCGAGAUCCCAGAAUUCACGAAUGCACCUGUCCCGGGCGUCGAUGAAACCACAAUCUUCCCAAAGGUGCUUGCUCGUCUGGAGAAAUUAGCCAAACAUGAUGACGUGAGUAAGAUGAUGCGCGUUUGGAACGAUCAGGGACAGUGUGUUCUCGAUUUCGAGCCUGAAGAUGGUCAUAGCCCUAAAGGUACCGUCACAAGUACGAUUACCUCUUCGACGUCUGAUGACACAUCAACACCACUUGACCCAAUCGAAGCUCGCAAACAAAAAAAGAAAGCUCGCAAAUGGGAGCGGAAAGCUGCAAGACGCGCUGCGUCGGUGAAUUCGGGAAGCCAUACCGGUACUCCUAUGAAUGCGCUGAACACAUCUGCAUCUGCCCCUGCAGCACAGGCUGAACGCUCGCCAUCUCCUGUUUCUGUCUCUGACGCGCAUUGUUCAUGGUGUACAUUAUUUAUUACGUCGCAUCUAAUUAUUAUUUGGAUAUCCAACCACCACAACCACUCAAUCCCCCCACAUAUCACCUCAACUCACAUCAUCCUCAAAUUACAUACCUCCCGGCAUCCGCCUCUAAACCCCCGGCUCGCCCAGCCCAGGAACCAAAAGCGACCUCUGCCUCUCCAUCCUACUCCUAAAAAUGGAAAGAACUUCGCAACCCCACCACUCGGCCCAUACGUAUCCUCAAUUAGGUACACGGUAAUGCGCCACCACGCCAGUAUCGCGAGAAAAAUCCAGAAAUAGGCCGCAGCUUUCAUGCCCGUGUGCACGGAGGUGCCGUAGGCGAAAAGGCAGCAGGCGAUUAUGGAGCCGAUGGCGGGAAAACUAGGACUAGACAGAGGACUAUGUCGCGGUCUGUUGCUGCGAUUGCCUGUUGUUGUUGUUGUUGUUGUUGUU